AUGGAGAUCGAUGCUUCUUUGGAUACAACAAACCGCCCUGAUGAGUGGAAGAUAGAACAGGGGAUGGCAGGCCACAAGCUGCCUAUCCUUGAUCAAACUGGAAGUGAGACUAUUCACUUGUAUCCACCGCGGCCCACGAAGUUGGUGCAGGAUGAGGAGGCUAUUCGCUCGGUCGGCAACCGUACCAAGCUGUUUGCUCGAGAGCGGCAAGGAUGGAAAGGAUAUGUAGAGUGGGAAGAUUAUCCUGAGAAAAAGCAGAAGGCACACAAAAUUCUAACAUCUCAGACCUUCCCACCUUGCCCCGAUUUCAAUUUUGGCCCAAUACCGGGAACGAACCCCGUGCUUCCUGGCGACGACUUCAAAGCAUGGCACACUGCACUUGGCGGGGAGCUUGCUUCUGUCGCAGAUGACUCCUGGCGCACCGUUCUUCGUGAGAAGCAUCCGGACAUGCUGCACCUUCUGCAAUUCCCUUACAAUGGAGAGCCCCCCAAGCGACUAGUCACCUCUAAAGUCAUCACACCUAAUCCGCUGCAUUUUGUGCGGAAUCACGGAGGCAUUCCCAUCAUCGAAAAAGAUAAAUGGGAUAUGACCCUGGAUGGGCUGGUACAGCAUCCGCAGCGAUAUACUUUGGACGAUCUCAUGGAUGAGAGCAAGUUUCCUCGGAUGGAGAAGACUGUCACUAUUCAGUGCUCAGGAACCCGCCGUAUUGAGCAAAUUGGAUUGUAUGGCGGACAGGGUGAUGAGGUUCCGCAAGCACCGUGGGCCGAAGGUGCUAUCGGCACGGCGCGAUAUGUGGGUAUUAGCUUGAAGAAACUCAUCAAGGAUUGUGGUGGUCUUACCAAUUCAGCCAAGCAUCUCGAGUUGUAUGGUGCGGAAACCUAUGUCAAGGAUCUCGAGGUCGGCAAUUACGUGGUUAGCGUACCAUGGUCUAAAGUCAAAGCUAAUGAGGUCAUGCUCGCUUGGGAAAUGAAUGGCGAGCCCUUACCUAAGAUCCAUGGAUAUCCUUUACGGGUCGUCGUUUUCGGAUAUAUUGGUGCUCGGAGCGUCAAGUGGCUCUAUCGCAUCAAGGCUAUCAAGAAGCCGUCCCUUGCGCCAGUCCAGAGCAGAGAAUACCUCUAUUUCAACCAGCAAGUGGGCAAAUACAACCAGCGCCCGACAGACGGCAUUCAAAUCCAAGAGAUGCCUGUCAGCUCCGCUAUCAUGUCUCCAUGGACUAAGCAAGCCAUUGUGCAUAUGGGCAAAAUCCGUUGCAAGGGCUGGGCUUACUCCGGUGGAGGUCGAUGGCCUGAAAGAGUUGAGUUAUCUGCAGAUGGCGGUUUCACAUGGUACGAGGUGCCACCUGGAAAUUUGUCCAAAAAGGGCAAGUGGACAUGGCGUACGUGGGAGUAUGAGCUCCCCUGUGAGGUUGAGGGGUGGAUUGAGAUUGUUUGUCGGUGCUGGGACAACUCUCUCAAUACGCAACCUCUAAAUAUUCGUGCGGCAUGGAACUGGGGUCUUCACGUUACAUCCUCCGCUCAUCGAAUCAAGGUUUACAGCGUCAAUAAGAAGAGGGAAAUUACGAGAAAGCGUCUUGACAAGUUCGAGCAACUUGGUAUUCCUUUGGCUCCGCUUACUCACUACGACCCAGUGUCUGGUCAAACGCAGGAGGAGUACGAAGAGUACUGGAACACGCAUGAUCCGCGCGAUGUUGAUGAUUGA